AUGUCGGACGCCAACGACGAUACGCCCUCUCUGCGCAAUGACCGCGUCCGCCUGAUAUAUCUUGUCAAGCGGCGCAAAGAUAUGACCCAUGAGGAGUUCGCUGAAUACUGGCUGAAAGCUCACUCCAAAAUCUUCGCCGGCUCGCGUGUUGCGCAUCAGUACAUGUCGCGUUACGAGCAGAUGCACCCCUCUGCCGCGACAGAGAAGGCGUGGGAGGAGAAAUACGGCAUACGGGCCACGACCUUCGACGGUGUCGCUUUGUUCGAGGCAGACUCGUUCGAAGACAUACGGAAGGUAUUCGACUCCGAGGAAUACAAAGCUCACGUCCGCCCCGACGAAUACCAGUUCAUCGACCACGACGGCUCCCAGAUCAUCCCGAUGAACUUCUGGGUCGGCUUCGACCACACGAAGGCGAAGCUGUAG